CUCUCUCUCUCUCUCUCUCUCUCUCUCUCUCUCUCUCUCUCUCUCUCUCUCUCUCUCAGGAAGGUUCAGCCUCUUACUGGACGGAGCUCUGAGGAAUGGACAUGCCUUUCUCUCUGCGGACAGAUCUGAUGCUAGCUCCCCAUCUCCUGCCGUGGACGCGCGUUGUACACGCUUUGAGUGCACACUUGCUGACCUUGUGUGAAUAGGUUUACUCACAGGCUGCUGGGAUCAGUUCUGGGCUUUUCUCUGAAGGCUGGAGCAGAACAUCAAGCCAGGGGCCGAACGCACUACAAACACACUCGCCCGGCCCUGCUGGUCCAGCCACUCUGAUGAACUUCUCAUAUACGACUGCACUCAAAAAGAUGACCCAGCAGAGCUGCCUGGCUUCUAAACUCAUGUUGACAUGAAUCACACUUGCACUGUAUGUUAAGUGACCGGAUCCCUCUUUUCCACGAUGGUAGAUCUUUCCAAGCUGACUGGCGCAUUAUAGCACAUGCUGAGCAUCCUCACCAAGACCAGUGAAGCCUGUGCUGAGGAAUUAUCUGUGGAGAGGACCUGCGCCGGGCUGAUAGGGAGCCGCAGAGCGAGGAGGAGGGACAGGAGGGCCACUGCAAGGUGAGCAUUGAGUCGGGGGGGAAGGGACACCGGAGGCUGGUCGCCCGCAAUGCCUUCAUCCACCAUGCAGAUGCUCGCCUUCGUCCUGGCAUUGCUUGGGGUUCUGGGUGCCACUGUGGCCACUCUGCUGCCCAACUGGAAGGUGAGUGCCGAUGUAGGUUCCAACAUCAUGACGGCGAUCUCGCAGAUGCAAGGGCUUUGGAUGGACUGCACCUGGUACAGUACCGGAGUGUUCAGCUGCACCCUCAAGUAUUCCGUCCUAUCCUUGCCUGCUUAUCUCCAGACUGCCCGAACCACCAUGGUCCUCUCCUGCAUGAUGGCCACACUUGGGCUCUGCCUGGCCGCCCUGGGGCUCAAAUGCACCCACUGGGGGGGCAGCCACCGCUCCAAGGGACAUACAGCCCUAGCAGCAGGGGCUUGCUUCGUCAUUGCCGGAGUCCUGUGCCUUGUCCCUGCAUCCUGGUUUACGAACGAGGUCAUCACCACCUUCAUGGACUCCAAAGUGCCCAAGAGCAGCAAGUACGAGCCAGGGGGAGCUGUUUACGUUGCAUUUGUUUCUGCCGGGUUUUUCUUAGCCGGAGGCAUGAUCUUCUGCCUGUCGUGCCCGAGAAACAGAAACGGUCCACUGGACUCUGGCUCGUCCCACCCAGACAAGCUAUUACGGCAGGUGGUCAACGACCGGCACAAACAGAAGCAGCACCGGGAACAGCAAAGCCAGACGGAGCCACAGGAACAGCAACACAAAGAAAAAACAACACACCAAGAGAAGCUCCAGGUGGAUGAGAUGCAGCCGGACCAGCCCAAGCCAGAGAAGUCCCAACUGGAGCAGGAGCAGCAGUACUACUCGCCGUCCAGGAACCGACUUCAGGAUGCUAAGGCUGUCUACAGCUUGCAGGACUAUGUGUAAAGACCCAGAAGUGGGUAAAAGCCAGGGAAUGAGGUGCCUCUCUUUGUGAGGAGGUGGAGAAAUAGAAGCAGCAGGAGGAGGAGGAGUAAUGACUUUGGCCGCGUUAUCUCCCCCUCUCAUCAGUGCUUUCGCCUACUGCAAACGUAAGCGCUGGAGGUAUUUCCGAAGCCUUGGAUCAGGCAAGAACCGGCUAUCCUCAGGCUACAAAGCCCACUGCCGCAGUGAGCAUUAAAAGAGAAGCGA